AUGGAAGGAAGCAAUGGUGAAUCUGAAUGCGAUGCAUUUGAGCAAUAUUAUUUAGAUAGGCAAGAUGCGCUCCAAAAUUCAGCUGUUCAAAAAAAAGAGCAAAAUACCUUAGAAUAUAGUAAUGAACAUCUUCAAAUACAAGCGGAAGAAAUUUACUUGAGAAGCAUACCUAAUCAAGCUUUACCAAAAAUGAAGCCUAUACCAACUCCAAACGGUCAACGGCAGGUUGAAAGAAGGAAUCUUGAAAAUGAUGAAUCUUUGGAAUCAAAUACAAGCAUAAACUCAUCUACUAAAAGAAGAAGGCAUGAUGAGUAA